UCCUGGUCGCCAGAAAGCAUGCAAUGAUGAUGCUAUAGAGGAGAGAUGGCAUCGCACGUGUGUGAUGUGACUACUCGCGUGCCAUGGAAAGCCUGAUCCUGAUGAGCACGGGUUCGAGGAUGUGCCACGGAGCCUCUCAGGGCCUCCGCACUUAUUGCGCGCAUCUGCUGGUAGCUUCCUUGCUGGUGUCCAUGACGAUGUCAAGCUCACCUGUUGCAGGCGGUGUAGACUCCAACGGAACGACAGCAGCACGGUCGUCAUCACGGUCAUCAUCGUCACCCUCUUCCAGAUGGCCAGGUGCCAGCCCACCCAAAGACACUGGUCACCCUGGUAACACUGACGCUGCGUCAGUGGAUGAUGAAGCUCAGGGCAUACACCUCCUCCUGAGACCCCCGGACCUACUGUCCCCCAGUCAGCCCCCUCCUCUUUCCCCCCACAGCCAGCCCACCCUCACCCCUCCUCCGCCCUGGGAGCACGCUCCCUCCCUAGAGGAGGCCUGGGGCUCCGGAGACUACCUGGAGACGCUCUCCUUCAUGGACCCAGAGGGGGAGGAACUGGCCCUGGCCACAACCUUACCCAGCCACACCUAUGACCCUGACGGCGGGGCCUCCUACGACACCUCCUUCCCCUCUCGCCCAACACUCCCCCUGUCCUCCAGCCUCCUCCGACCCUCUACGUCCCUCACCUCCCCCCUCCAGGAGGGCCUCCCCUUCACCCACCCUGCUGAACCUGAGGGAUACCCUCCCUGGGAUGAAGAAGAUUAUGACCUUGGGGACAUGUUUCCUCUGGAGCCCACGGAGCUGCUGCUGCCGGAUAUGAACAGUAUGGAGUACUACACCAAUCUGCUGGCCAGAGAGAGAGAUGAGGAGAGGAACAGAGAGAGGGAACGGGAGAGAGAGAGGGAAAGGGAGCGAGAACGUGAGAGAGAGAGGGAAAGGGAGCGAGAACGAGAGAGGGAAAGGGAGCGAAAACGGGAGAGAGAGAGGGAAAGGGAGCAAGAACGAGAGAAAGAGAGGGAAAAAGAGCAAGAACAGGAGAGAGAGAGGGAAAAGGAGCAAGAACAGGAGAGAGAGAGGGAAAGAGAGCAAGAACAGGAGAGAGAGAGGGAAAAGGAGCGAGAACGGGAGAGAGAGAGGGAAAGGGGGAGGGAGAAAGAUUGGGAAAGAGACAGAGAUGGAGAAAUUGUCAUCCCACCCCCAAAGACCACUCCCAAACUUGGCAUCACACCCACCGCGACCACAAAAACACACACCCACACACACACUCAUACCCCGUCCCCCUCCCCUAGCACAGGGCCCCCUCCAGCCCGGGAUCAGAAGCACACCCUUGUCCCCUCAGCGGGUUCCACCCCUCCCCUGACCCUCUCACCCACUCCCUGGGAUGGUCAGGGUACACUCACCCCUGGAGUUAGACCCACCUCCAGAGUACCCCCUCAGCCUCCUGUUCCACGGCCCAGAGUCCCCCCAGCUACCCCUGGCAGACACUCUCCACUGCCCCCCUCGAACACCACCAGCCUGGCUCGCCCCCCCAUGCUGCGACCUCCAGGGAGGGACCCCAUUAAACCACCACCACCCGUGACCUAUGUCCCCGGCAACCGACCGACGACCACUACCAAGGCAACCACUGUUACCACGACAACCACUGGCACCCUGGCGAGCGUCAGCUGGACUCCCCAGUCCAGGCCCCUCCGACGCCAGUACCUGUGUAACGUCACCAAGCCUGACAUGUACCUGGUCAGAGUGGUCCUGCCUAAGUCUGCCUCCACUGUGGGCCUUGGCCAGGUCAGGGACAUCUUGAAGAGGGAGUUCAACUGCUCAGUGGAGCUACAGGUCCUGAGAACUCCGUCUAGCUUUGCGUUCCGUGCUGUGGCGGGACCUCUGAUCUUCACCGCCAUGUCUGUCAUCAACGCUCUGCGCCAGUCAACACCAGGCUCCUCCUCGUUACCCACUGUCUCACCCCUCUACAGCAUACCUGAUCACAAGUACCAGAUACACUCUGUGCUGCAGUUCAUGCCCAGUCACAUGGAUGUGCGUGUGUGUAACUUCAGUGAGCGAGUAGAGAGAGGAUUGCUGAUGGCCUACACAGAGACACGCCGACGCGCGUAUGAAUUUGGCAAUGUUACUGUACAGCUUCUGAACAUCACCAUGGGUCAGGCCAAGCCACAGGGUGACCAGAAGGUUCCUGUGGACAUCACGUUUGCGUUGCGUGAUGGACGGGGCUACCUGUUAGGGUCAGAGGUCAGCGGUCACCUGAGACACUUAAGCACGGUGGAGUUCAGCUUCUACCUGGGCUUCCCCGUGCUGCAGAUCGCUGAACCCUUCCACUACCCCGAGCUGAACGUUUCUCACCAUCUACGCUCCUCCUGGGUCCGCACAGUGUUAAUGGGUGUCCAGGAGCAGACGGUGACUGAGCGGAGCUUCAAGGCUCGUCUGGAGCGCCGUCUGGCCCUGCUGCUGGAGGAGGGGCUGGGGGACGGGAGUCAACGGCGCCGCUGGAAGAGAUCCACGGCCGUGGGUAACAACAGCUUACAGGUGGUACGUGUGUCGAGACUGGCAGGUUCAGGUCGUUCUCUGGAAGUGGUGUAUUUUGUGGAGGGACCAGGGGGGGAGAGAGUUCCUGCUGAUGCCACCGCUGCCACCCUCAACCGCCUGGAGCUGCAACGGGCUGCCAUCGUACUGGGGCACCGCGUCCAGAGACCCCUUGCCCAGCCUGUGGAGACGCUGACAGUGCCCCCGUCUGAGACUCCGAGCAGCAGUGUCUGGCUGAUUGUGGGGGUGGUGGUGCCUGUCCUGCUGGCUAUCUUCAUCAUCAUCAUCCUCUACUGGAAACUGUGCGGCUCAGAGAAGCUGGAGUUUCAGCCUGACGCCAUCAACACCAUCCAGCAGAGACAGAAGCUGCAGGCUCCCAGUGUGAAAGGGUUUGACUUCGCCAAGCUCCACCUGGGGCAGCACAGUAAGGAUGACAUCAUGGUGAUCCAGGAGCCUGGUGCCCUCCCUAUGCCCAUCAAAGAGGCCACCCCCUCUGAGGGAGGGGAUGUCAACACUCCUAAAUCCAAGGGCUCCUCCACCAAGGCUGCCCGCGCUAACCGCCGAAGGGGGAGACUGUCCCCGUCAGAUGGUGACUCGUUAGGUAGCGACCAAUCGAGUGGCAGAGAGUCUGCAGAGGAGACCACAAGACAUGUGGCCACGCCCCAUGAGGGGAAACAACACCGAAACAAAACGCCCAAGAAUGGGAGGAAUAAGAUGAUCCCUCCCACAGGCAGUGGUCCAGAUGAGCUACUCUCCUCUUCCUCCAUCUUCGACCACGUGGACCGUCUGUCCCGAGGCUCUUCUGACGGCAGGGGUUACCAGGCCAACAAGGUCCAGUUGAUUGCCAUGCAGCCCCGGCCCAGCCCACCACAACGCUCACACAGCCCCACCCUCACAGAGAGGGUCAGCGCAGAGGUGGCUCUGAGACAUAAGUCGGAGAUUGAGCACCACAGGAACAAGCUGCGUCAGCGGGCUAAGAGGCGGGGCCAGUGUGAGUUCCCCUCUAUGGAUGACAUCCUGGAUGCCUUCGGGCAGGCGCAGGAGGAGGCGGGGCAGGGAGUGUGUCCCCAGCGCCUCUACAGCUCAGCCCAUGACCACAUGGACAGCAUCCUGCACACCGACCCCCCCUCGCCCCCCACCCCAGGGGAAUCCAGGAAGAGGGGGAGGCGCUCUCCUCGGGGCCGGCGGAGGCAGCAAGGGAACGGCAGUCUGCCAGACACAGACAGACUGACGGACAGAGACCGCCUGCUCACAGACCACAGCGCCACCUACAGGAAAUACCCUGGACUCAACAAUGUGGCCUACAUGUCGGACCCGGAUCUACCUCCAGACCACGGCAGCCCCUCCCCUAAUGAUGAGGUGUUUGACCACGCCCCUCCCCCGCCGCCCUACGUGCCCCCCCAGCCGUCCAUCGAGGAGGCGCGGCAACAGAUGCACUCCCUAUUGGACGAUGCCUUCGCCCUGGUGUCACCCUCCUCCCAGGGCAGCGUCAGUGUCGGGGUCACGCAGGUCAGCCCCGCCCUGCCGAGCCCCUCUCCCUCCCCACAGACACGCCCAUCACGCCAGUGGGGCUCCUAUCCCGCAGCCCCCACACACAGCCCCUUCUCUGCGAGGUAUGCAGAGUUGGGGAUGUCUCCCUCGUCAGUACAAGGCCUGUUGCAGAGGCAGGGCCUGGGUUCGGGGGCCUAUGUUACUGCAGAGGAGCAGCUGCAAGAGUCUGUCUACGCCAACAGGGGGCAGUAUGAAGAGCCUCCCUCCUCCUCCAGACCUCGGCCUGUUGGGGGGAGCACAGGUGCUCAGCUGCAUCACCUGACUCAGGUGGGCUUGUCGAGCCGGAUCAGUGCGUACCCUGGGGUGGGCCGCAGUGUCUCUGGGCCAACAGGCUCCAGCUGGAACCAGCAGCCUUUAGACCAGGACCUCUCCAGACCUGGAGCCAGCAGAGAGAGUGUGCUGUCGUUCCCUGAGUUCUCCUCCCCCGCUGUGUUUCAGAUGCCCAGCUCCUCUCUGGGAGACCAUUCUGUCCCCCCAAUGCUCCUGGCCCCUCCCACUCCAGAGUUCCCCCUAGACGAGUCCUCCCCCUCAGCCCAAAGCUCCGCCUCCCUCAUCAAGGCCAUCAGGGAGGAGCUACGACGACUCGCCCAGAAACAGGUUGCUGUGGCCGGCACCUACUCCUAGACCAGUGUAAGCACCUACCCCAUAACUGGUCUGAACCAGUUUGAACUACUACCUAAACAAGUAUGGACCGAUCAGAACCACUACCCCAAACUAGUUUGAAACAGUCAGAACCACUUGCCCUAAACUGGUCUAAAGAGACUUACACUGCUAUUCAUAAGCUGGUCUGAACAAGACUCAGCCUGUCUGCAACAGAUACGAUUUCCUUACAACAAUAACAUCACUGUUCUUUAAAGGGUUCUUCACUCUGUAAAGGUUCCUCAUUCUACAGCACAGUGUUUCCACUGGACGGGAGGAUUGAGUUUGUUUUCUUCAGCGUUCCAUAGAAGUGCUUCCGUGAGAGGGGCCGUCUCUGCCCUUCCUGACCUCCUGUAUGUGGUGCUAAACCUCAGCGUAACGUCUCCUGUCAUUAAGUUAACCAUGCAUUGCCUUCAACAUACAUUCAUCAUCAGCCAUGUUGGUGAGGUCUUCUCCAUUCAUCAGCCAUAUUGGUGAGGUCUUGCACUGUAGAGAGAGUUGGAGACUUGGAGUAUAGUGUACUUUGCGCAUGGGGGAUUUGAAUAUAUAGAUGAAAAAAGUAUAUAAAAAAGAAAAUAUUAUAUGUGAAGAGAUGUAAAAAUCCCAAGUGAGCACAAUAUGAAUUAAUAAGAGUGACCAAUGGAGUAUUGAAAUUGUAUUUAUUUUUUAUUGCUCUGAAAGUAUACUUUUAAAUCCUUUAUUUUGACCAAAGACCAAUACUGUUUGGAUGUUCUAUGGCUGUUUUCUCUGUGUUAGCGCUCACUUUUUCCAUGGAGCUGAUCAUAACGUUGUUUAUCGCAGUGGAGACGUCGCUUAGC